CAUGACGGGCUCCUCUCUUUGCAUAUAAAAGUAUAGUUCACCAUGAGGUUUGAUGUGAGACAGCUCGACGCCUUCGACAUCCAACAUCGCCUUCAAGGCGCCGACUUGGUAGAGAAUCAUUGCGUGCAGGUCAUCGAGAUUCAUCUCAAUCUUCCUUCUUCCGAACCCAAUCAGGUCUUGCAGGCCCGGAUGUGCACCCGCUUUGACGCGAUGCUUUUUGCAGAGUUGUACAGUCCUGAGCAUAAUGGAAGGAUCUCCGGCGUGAAAGCCGCAAGCGAUAUUUGCCGCAUCGACGAACCUCAUGAGAUCCUCGUCAGGGCCCUUCGUCCUUAGUACUUUCUGAGAAGAUCAAGGACAAGGCAUGGUCCUCACCAACUUCCAUCUACCAAAGCCUUCACCCAUAUCAGCAUUGAUCUCGUACUUUUGGACUAGAGAUGAAGAUAUUGUCUUGGCGGAAGACAGGCUUCGCUUCCGGAGCUGUAAAUAGCUAGAAGUGAGUGAUUGUGCACGGUAGCACGCUCGAUGUGAGUACAGCCUUGGAAGCAUUUCCAGUCGUCAAAGAGACAUGGACUAAUGAAGGCUAUUGGUGAAAACAAGGUGAGUAUAGCAGGUCGGUAGACUCGCAAUGAAGUCAUACUCGGCCUUACCUACUUAUCUAUCCGAGAUGGUCCCAUUGUUGUGUCUACCGUGUCGACGGCCUUCUCCGAAUGAUGUGAGGCGGCCAACAUCACUAGAUAUAUUCUGUGUCAGACCAAGACUCUGGAUUACAUAGAUGACAAAUGAAUAAGACACGAGAAACGACUUCCUGAUCUUCUGAAUCUUGGUAUUGAAAGAUCCGUCGAUAUGGACUCCAGCCACGAGUAUACGGAGUUUCGAAGCAUAUCUGUCCAAGGUCUACCCUUUUUCACACCGAAGCAAAGAUUACCAGUCGGCACUGCAAUCCUGAGACCCGAGGAAGGCGUUACCGAGAACAACAUAAGUCGUGCCUUCAAGCCAAUAACUAUACGAGGAACAACAUUUCAAAACAGGAUCUGGGUUGCUCCCAUGUGCAUGUACAGUUGUGAAGAUGGCAUGUUCAGCGACUUUCAUGUCGCUCACUAUGGGCAAUUCGCGAUGAGAGGUGCGGCACUUAUCACACUCGAGGCAACUGCCGUGACUGAACAAGGCAAGAAUACACCCCAGGAUGCCGGGCUCUGGAAGGAUGAACAGAUUGAACCUCUGAGGAGGAUUGUCAACCUGAUCCACUCCCAAUCGCAAAAGGCCGGAAUCCAACUGCAACAUGCUGGGCGGAAAGCUGGUAUCUGCCCUCCAUGGCUGGGCCUCAAGUUGGUGCCGGACGAGUUCGGUGGCAAUACGCAGCACGUUCAAGCUCCUACUGCCGAGCCGUGGAAUGAAAACUAUGCCACACCUGCGGCCAUGACGGAAGAGGAGAUAUGUGAAACCAUCGAAUCAUAUGGCGCCGCAGCUAGAAGAGCUGUUGAGGCAGGUGUCGACGUGCUCGCGGUACAUGGUGCUCAUGGUUAUCUCAUUCAUUCUUUCGCUUCACCUGCUAGUAAUAUGAGAACGGACAAGUGGGGUGGGAGCUUUGAGAACCGGGUCCGACUCGGCGUCGAGAUUGUUCGUGCCAUUAGAAAGAACAUUCCUCCUACAAUGCCUCUACUCUGGAAGCUAUCUGCAGUUGACUGGUUGCCGGCUGGAGAAGGCUGGGACUUGGAGGACACUUUGCGCUAUGUACCUAUCUUGGCCAAAGAAGGUGUCGACUUGAUUGACACCUCAAGUGGCGGUACCGAUAGGAGACAGAAAGUGCAGCUCGGCCAGCAGUAUCAGGUUCCUUUUGCACAAGCCAUCAAGUCAUUGGGGAUUCCUGACCUCUUCGUUGCUGCGGUAGGUUGGAUCAGGGAUGGCGCUACAGUUCAUGACAUUCUCAACAACGACAAGGCUGACGUAGUCCAUGUCGCUCGUGAGUUCCUGCGGGACCCUAAUUUCGUCCAGAAGGUUGCUCUGGCGACAGGUACCGAGGUGUCUUGGAUCGACCAGUACCACAGAGCGCCGAUGAAUGGGAAGUAUGUCGAAUCGACAACGACCAUCACCACAGAGAAAAAGGCCGAUGACAAUGUAACCAAGACGCAUGAUUCUCAAGCGACAAAUAAGGUCAUCACGUAGGCCGUUUCGAUGUUUCAAAAGGAUGAUUCUUGUACGUAGUUGUGGUGUGGCGUGGUUGGUACUUUUGUGACAAGAGACCAGGUUUUCAGGCAAACUGCCAGACUUCCCGACCAACGAAGGGCGUAUGUUCGGGAUGAAUUUUGAUGCUGCUAGGGAUCGACCAUCAAAGACAUUCUUCGACUCUUGGGAGUCGUUCGAGGCUCGUGAGAAGUUUCUUCUGGUGAGGCCAACUCGACACCCUCCUUGAGACGGCGGUAUUGAAAGGCAUGUGGCCUCCAGCAUCCGCGAAGCCAAAAGAGCGCAACUACACCAGUGAAAACAAAGAAAAGUCCGGAUAGAAUAAGAACGAAUAGACCAGGUGUAUAGCUAGUAUUCACAUAUUAGCAGUUGACUCUACCAAAUCUGGCAUCCCCAUGGUACCCAACAUCAGCGGGCGUAAAUCAAUCAGCGUACCUUAGUGCCCUUUGUCUGUCUGUUGUACUUUCACUGGCAACGGCGGCUGGGUUUCCUGUCUGCUCAAGAGUUGCAUUGUCUGAGUCAUGGGGUAGUUCGAUGCCAGCUGCGGUGCAGAGCGUUAAUUGAUCAGCUGUGAUAUG